GCAGAUUUAUUUAUGGGUUCAUUCUUCUUCCAAGAUAAUGCUUCUUCUUCUUCUUCUUCUUCUUCUGCCUGCUCGUGACUAAUCCCGCCGUUGCUUGCCUCCCUCCCUCGCGAAAAUCCACGGGCGGCGGCGUCGUUUUCCGGCAUCCUGGUUCCUGUCUGCAACAUCUUUCGUCAAGACCGGACUCCCCAUUUCUCAAACUAUGCUCCAAGGGAAACGGACUCCAGGGCUGUCCGAGAUCCCGAAAUCCCUGCUUUAGGGGCAACCCAAAAUGGGAACUUGUGUUAGCAAGAGCAAGAAAGCCAAACGCCGGCCUCCGAGACAUUCGGCGAAGGAUUCGGCCGCCGAACAAGACGCGGCGUCCAGAAACCCGCCGGAGGAGGAGAAGGUGAAGGAGGUGCUGUCCGAGACGCCCAAGCCGAGCCUCCCUGCGAGGCCCAUUGAGAAGGCGAGGCCCGUUGAGAAGGAGAGCCCCAUCGAGAAGCAGGCAGCGGAGAAGCCCCAUCCACCGUCGCCGGAGAAGAUCCGGGUACCGCCGGAGGAAGAGAGUGUCGAGGUGUCGGAGACGGUCAGUGUGAGCGAAACUGCGUCGGCGGCUGUGACGGAGGACAGCAAUGCGACGGAAGUGCAGCAGCCGAGCCGGAGAGGGCAGUUUUCCAGCAGGAGGGAGGAUCUCCGCGCCAGGAAAAGCGCCUCUCCUGCGAGAAGGAGGGAGGCGUCCCCUGGGAGGAGGUUGGAGGGCGUCGGCCCGAGAGCUGUCGGAAGAGCUGUUUCUGCCGGCCGAGACGGUAGGAGUCCAGCGGGAGAGCGCCGGAACGUGGUCAGGAGGGUCAGUGGUGAACUGGGUCCGAGGAGUAAUGGCCCAAGAUCGAGGUCUCCGGCAACUCGAGGAGAUCCCGGUGGCCGACCGGCCGUCAACCGCAGCGGCUCGAGGAGGAUCCCGCAGUCACCAAGCCGAGGUCCUGCAUCAGCCACAAAGGACCGAAGUCAAAGUUUAGUAGAUGAUGUUGGUGGUAUUGGUGGUGGCGGCGGUGGCGGUGUUGGCGGUGAUAUGAAGCCACAGGAGCAGCCAGGUUCUGCUCCUAAUGAGUCUCUUGAGAACCCUCAUGUUGCUUUGGAAUGCUUCAUCUUUCUCUGAUUUCCACACUUAUCCUGCUUUGUGGUUUUGAGAUCUGCUCUGAUCGGAAAAGUGAGGCUCAGGUGGGGUCUAAGACCGCCGGGAAAGGUAAAAGUGAUAGCUUCUAGUGGCUGCAGACGAUGGUAUAGAUAGAUAGGUUAGGUUGGAAGGGGAUUGACAUGGCAAAACUUUCAGCAGGCCUCUUUUGUGUACAUUUUUUCACCUAAGUGCUAUGGAAAGGAAUCCUGAUUUUAAUUUGCACCA